ACACACACACACACACACACACACACACACACGUACACACACACACGUGCGCGGGCGUACACGCACACACAUGCAUACACGCCCAGAACAAUAUAAAGGAAUUCACUGGAUUACUCUGGACAUGGACAUAGACUAUAUAAUGUAUUUAUUUGACCAUAUGUUAUUGUAAUAAACGGUCACUGAGCACUUUUCCAUUCACCUUUAAUGGCAGGGUUAUGGUUAGGGGAAUUAACGGGCUCAGACCUUCAACCUGCACAAAACACACAACUUUAAAACGAUCUGAUUUGAGGUGAAGUAAAUUCACUAAACGACUUUAUUUCUGUAAACACGUGUGUGUGAGUGUGUUGGAGGGGGGAAAUAUUUGACUCGCCACAGACUCGCGCAUUCAUCAGCGCACUCCAGGACACCGUUUGGCGUUAUCCGGGUUAAGGUCUGGCGUCUAGCCUUUUAAAUUUCAUGGUUGAAUCUGAACUCAGCAGCCAUGACAAACAUCGCACUUCCUCGUGCGUACACUGAUUACGUUUUAACUUAACGUAAUGAACAACAAAUAUUGAAUAUCAUACCAGUUAAUGAAAAAGUAUGAGGAAUUAUUUUUGACAAAAGUUGAAUAUAGUAAGCGCUAAUUAGUGACGUCAUUUGAUCCUUUUAGUCUGGCGAUGACAGAGGCAAGAUUUGUUUUAAAUCCCAACACUUCACUGUUUUAUUUUCCGAUGCAGAUGCACCACGUGCUUAAUUAUCACUUGUGAAUUGGGAUUUAUUUGUGAAAUUUGUCUCUCUGGUCUCUUUGGUUAAACUGUCACUUCAUACUUGGCAAUUUAUGGAACACAGUGCGCCCGGUUUGAGUUAAUUUCAGCACAGUGUGGUCUGUUCGGCUGCACUACUAUAAUUUAACUUUUGCACAUAACGACUGUCAGGUCUGCACAUCCUUAUAUUUAGCUCCUCGUCCUAAAGUCGUUCUCUCUUGUUUUUUCUUCUUUUUAAUCAACUACUCGUCCACAGUAAAAGAUAAAUUGUCAAAUUAAAAAAAACAGCAAUUACGCACACCACCAUACGUAUAACCCAAAAAUAAAUAACCUCCAACACAUCAAAACCACAGAAAAAAACAUGUAUACACACACAUAAAAUUACAACUCCAGAGAAUAAAACUCGUUAGCAUGACCGUUUUACAAAAUGCACAAAUAUACUCAUGCACCAAAGUCACCACAUCACAGAAAUAGAACGUGUCUUGCUUUUUGAUUCACUAAUGCAUCAGCUAUGUUGUUAUCUACCUCAUCCAGUCUGGACAUUUAGCAUGAAAACUUUCAGUAUUUAUGUUAUAAUCAGUCUAAUUGUGUUCCCAGUGACACUGGUGCCUCCUUCAGUUACCCCUGCCUCAUCGUAUAUUACUAUUUGUGAUAUUUGCUGCAACCCUGCAGAAGAGUUCAGGGUUGUUUCACAGCCUGCUAACUGACAAGCUACACUAGUAUAUUGCAGGGACAUAACAUUAAACCCUUCUGCCAUUAGAUACAACUGUAACAUUAUCCCCGUUAUGAAAGCUUUCAUCUAGUUAGCCCUUUAACGAACCUUUUUACCUCUACUGCUCUCUUUCCUGUCUACGGCCUUUCUUGUUUGAUAUGAAUUGUUUCACGUUGCGUACAGUGGUGGCGGUGGUGGUGGUUUUUAUGUCGAGCGAGGAACUCGGAUGCAGUCUUAUUAACGACACGUUUAUGAACAAUCAAAUGGUCCUCGUUAAAAUUUAUUGAUGGGCAUAAAAACAUGAACGGUCACUAGCUGAAUAUAGCCCGCUGUAGUGGGCUGCUUGUCAAGAAUCUGAAUCCCCUCCUCUCCUAUCUCCGCAGAUCCCAUUUAGGAAAUGUUUGGUCUGGUGCGCCCUCGUUAAAACGGUGCAAACUUUAUUGUAGUUGUAUCCGGCAUCCCGUAUUUUGAUUCCCCCUCUCUGCUGUGUCUAUAUAUACAUGAGUGUGUGUGUAGCUACUGUGAAAGCUUCUCGCUCUAUUAGGAAAUAAACAGCAUUCCGCAGGAAGUUAUAAAGCCUUCACUUUAUCAAAUGUGCUACUGGUUUGAUAAGGAUAAAACUCGUCAACGAUUCAAUAAACACUUUAAUGCUGUAAUACUAUCCCUUGCAACAACACGGGGCUACGGUAGAUUUUGCCAGACAGAGAUUGAUUACACCAUCAAAUAGUGCCUUGCUCGGUUUUAGACGUAAUGUGCGCAGGUCUGUUCCGCGCCCAGAGAAACACCCACUAUAAACGCUACAACGGCAUAUUUUCUUCAUAAAGAAACAUGGUUGUUGAAGUUACCUCUAAUACGUCCGGGAAAAAGAGCAAAAGAGCACAUUCUUUAAUCCGAUUUAUGUGCAAUGGUAUCCCAGGAUAAGUGGCGCAUUGAUCCACUGUACAAUUUUUGUGGGGGUAAAUAUAAUCACGUGUCGGCGAGGCAGCCAAUAGCAGGCAGGGGAGCGUUGAGAAAUAAUUACCUGCCUUGAUUGUUCUAUGGCUAGAUAAAAAAGUACACAUACACUCCAUAUAAUAAUCGGAUGCAUGUAAAAGAGCCGGGGAAGCUUCGACAUGUCGACCACGGGUCCCAUAAGUAAUUAUUAUGUGGACUCCUUGAUCAACCAUGAAAACGAGGAUGUCCUUACUGCAACUCGGUUUUCGGCGCCCGGUUCGCACCCAGCCGGCCCUCGUCCGACGUCCCUAGUACCGGAGUGUGCUGACUAUCCUUCCUGCAGCUUCGCACCCAAGCCACCCGUCUUCUCCACCUCCUGGGCCCCCGUACACUCCCAGUCAUCAGUGGUUUACCAUCCAUACAGUCACCAACCUCACUUAGGCACAGACUCGAGGUAUAUGCGGUCAUGGCUGGAGCCGAUAUCAGGCGCCGUGCCUUUCCACGGCUACCCGGGGAACAGCAGGCACUAUGGGCUGAAGCCCGACGCCUUUCAGGAGCACAGAGCCGGCGAGUGUCUCGGCUCCAGCGGACGGACCUACACGGAUUAUCUGUACUGUUCAUCCACUGACAUGCGAGACAAGACGCAGCAGAAUAUCCCCUCUCCCGAGUCGGAGCUCCUGGCUUCAGGGAAACAUAAAGACGAGAAGCCGGAGCUAGAUCCGAAUAACCCUGUGGCAAAUUGGAUACACGCCCGCUCCACAAGGAAGAAGCGAUGCCCUUACACAAAGUACCAGACUCUCGAACUGGAAAAGGAGUUUUUGUUCAAUAUGUACCUUACUAGGGACCGCCGAUACGAGGUCGCGAGGGUCCUGAAUCUGACCGAGAGGCAGGUCAAAAUCUGGUUUCAGAACCGGCGAAUGAAGAUGAAGAAAAUGAACAAAGAAAAAUCCGACAGCAAAGAACAAUAACGUGGACUGCAGUCAGAAAAAUAAUAAUAAUAAAAACAACCAUAAUAACCACUAGUCACAUGGACAGCACAGAUGUACCAAAACACACAAUGACCCCCUUCUCCUCCCUCUCUCCUCUUCAUAUUUAUCACUUUGUUUUUUUUGUAUUAACCUUAACUUCGAGACUGUUUGAUGCUGAUUAUGUUAUUUCUUCCAGUGCACAAUUAUGUGUUAAAGAAAAAAAAAGAGAGAAAGGAAAAAAAAAAGAAAAACUUCAAAGGAGAUAAUUACAUUCUGCUUUCACUUCGAAAUACCUUUAUGUUCUUUUGUAAGAGAUAUUAUACAAGCGCAGUUUGGAUACGUUAAAACUGUCCGAAGAAAGAAGAUACUUGAAUUCUUUUGAAUUUCACAAACCCAUAAUUUAUGAUGUGAAUGUUUUCUUUCAUGUUUAUUUCCUUUGUACGUUAUUGUGCAGGUGUAGUAUUUUGUACAGAAACAGAACAUCUGCGAUCCGACUCGUCUGUCUUGUAUUUUUGUGAUAGUUGUUGCUGUAUUUGUGCAUCUCCUCUCUUUUUUUGGACUGUAGUCUAUGAGUUUAAUUAUAGAGUGUAGAUAUAGACUUCUGCAAAUAUAAACAUAAUCACUAA